AUGUCAGCAGUUGUUGAAGCUCCUCGCAGCGAUGCUGCCGAGAAUCGAGCUCCUGCCGAUGCUACCGAAAACGAUGCUCCCGACGAAAAUGCUCAAAACGUGGCAGAUCGACAAGUUGUGCUUUUAGCAGAUGAGGGCAUCGAAAAUGAUGACGGGGACUUGAGGAGUCUUGCAUCUUCUAGUCAGAGCUUAAACAGUUCGAUUUUUGACCAUCGCUUCGAGAACGGGAGGACUUAUCACAAGUACAAAGACGGAAAGUACAAGCUUCCAAACGACGAGACUGAGAAUGAUCGCCUGGAUUUGCAGCAUCAUUUGUUCAGACUGACCUUCAAUGGAAGGCUGGCGAAUUGUCCACUGCUAGAACAAGACGUCGAUAUCGGUAGAGUACUAGAUCUCGGCUGCGGUACUGGUAUCUGGUGCCUGGAAAUUGGGGACGAACACCCGGAGGCAGACAUUCUUGGUGUCGAUCUAUCCCCAACCAUGCCCGAGUUUGUCGCCCCGAACGUGAAGUUCGAGAUUGAUGAUGUCGAAGAAUCUUGGACGUAUACCAAGCCUUUUGACUACAUUCACAGUCGAAUGAUGAACUCUAACAUCGGCGACUGGGACGCCUACGUCAAGCAGGCCUAUGACCAUCUCAAUCCUGGUGGCUGGCUGGAAUUGAACGAAUGUGACAUUGCCCCUGUUUCUGAUGACGGGACCUUAAGGGAGGAUUCCAGCAUUUGCGAAUCAGUUAGACUUCUCAAGUCGGCUGCUGAGCAAUUCGGUCGGCCUUUCAAGUACAUGAGUGGCUUGAAGACUACUUUGAGAAAUGCAGGCUUUGUGGACGUGCAGCUGCUCCAGUUCAAGUGGCCAACUAAUCCAUGGCCAGCAGACCCUAGGUACAAGGAGCUUGCCGAAUGGAUGAGUGAAAACUUGGCCACUGGAUGGGAAGGUGUUUGUCUCGCAAUGCUCACAAGGGCACAUGGCUGGACUAGGGAGGAAGUCAUUGUCUUUAUGGCACAAUGUCGCGCGGAAUUUCGAAACAAGCAUAUUCAUGCUUAUUUCUCAAUCUGGUCUGUCUAUGGAAGGAAGCCCACUGAAGCAGAGCUUGCUAGUGCUUGA